AUGUGGGUAGUUCCGUACAAUACUCGAGUCGGACCAACAGCGCGGGCGCCGCUGGUUCGAUAUCUACCGCUCGACGUUCUUUCGCGGCUAACUAUAAUCCGGCUGCAGAGCAUACUCGCCCCAAAUUCAAUAGCAAUAAAAUCGCUAUCGGUCAUAAGCGAAACGACCAUUCCUAAUGCCUUCCCACUCACUCCUUCGGAGGAGCGUAAUGGCGUUAUCACUGCUGAGUCCUCUCACGUCAAAUCUGCCAAUGACAGCGUGGUGCAUAAUAAUUGCGCGUCCAAUGCGCCUUUGCUUAGUACGAGCACGAUUUUGUUGUCCACGGCGCUCGUCAAUGUAAUAGUUGAGCCGAUUGUUCCAACCUCACUCCAAGUAUGUUAUAGCUCGUUUGACAACGACAAUCUUCAAAGGUUUUGGGAGCUGGAGUCAUUUUCGGAAAAGCGGAGUUACACUCCCGAUGAAGAGCUAUGCGAAUCCUUUUUUCAAAAGACGCAUAGUAGGGACGAGGCUGGGCGAUACGUGGUCGCUCUCCCGUUCAAAGCCGAUCCACCACCUCUUGUUUCUGGCGAGGACACUGAAGCUAAAGCUCUGGCUCUCCAGCAGGAAUUAAUCGGUAUAUGCAAGACGGCCGGGUUUGAACUACGUAAGUGGCAUAGUAAUUCGCCAGCGAUACUCGCUGCACUCGUGCCCCAGGGUUCUCAUGGUGAGCGGCCUGAAAAUGUUUGCUUUGCUAAAAUGGAAAAUGACGAAAAGCGACAGUCCGGCUUCACCGGCUGCCGCCUCGCCGCCAUCUCCGGUGCCCUCUGCGCCAGCUAUUAUGUCGCCCUCUGCGACAAU